AUGUCGAAAUUUGGGGUCCUGGUGAUGGGGCCUGCGGGCGCAGGCAAGACGACGUUCUGUAACGCCUUGAUCCAGCAUCUCCAGAACACGCGGAGGAGCUGCUUCUAUGUGAAUCUGGAUCCGGCGGCGGAGACGUUCAGCUAUGAGCCUGACCUGGACAUCCGCGAGCUGGUGACUCUGGAAGAUGUCAUGGAAGAGCUGGGUCUGGGCCCCAAUGGGGGUCUUAUCUACUGCUUUGAGUUCCUGAUGCAAAACCUCGACUUUCUCACGCAGGCCCUGGAGCCGCUGAGCGAGGAGUAUCUGAUUAUUUUUGACAUGCCCGGUCAGAUCGAGCUGUACACGCACAUCCCGCUGCUGCCGUCGCUGGUGACGUUCCUGAGUCGCCAGGGCCCUCUGAACAUCUCCCUGUGCGCGGCGUAUCUCCUGGAGAGCACGUUUACCAUCGACAAGGCGAAAUUCUUCGCCGGCACGUUGAGCGCCAUGUCCGCUAUGAUCAUGCUCGAGAUGCCGCACAUCAAUAUUUUGAGCAAGAUGGAUCAGAUCAAAGACACGAUUGGGAAACGGCAGUUGAAGCGAUACACCAACGUAGACGUGCAGCUCCUACAGGACGAUGCGGGAUUGGAUGAAGAAAAGGCACGGGAUCCGUCGUCCAAAGACUCCGUGAUGAGCGGAGAAUCAUUCAAGCGGCUGAACAGAGCAGUUGCCCGACUGAUCGAUGAUUUUAGUAUGGUAUCCUUUCUGCAGCUUGACGUACAGGACGAGGACAGUGUCGGAGCCAUCCUCAGCUACAUUGACGACGCCAUCCAGUUCCACGACGCGCAAGAACCGCGGGAGCCGAACGACGAGAAAGAGGUGAAUUGGGAGGAUUCUGAUAUUUGA